UUCAUGAAUUCUUCGCCACGCCUUUAAAACGUAAAGAAAUUGUACUUGACCAAUUGCAAGCCUUGAAUCCCCACAUAGCGCUCUGCCGAUGAUCAGACGACUAAAGGAGAAACUAUUUAAAUCUCUAAUGAACAACUUGACUCUAGGUCACUCAACUCUCACUGCUCUCAGGCGCACACGAACCACAGUCUCGCUGAUACUUGGAUCACUGGACAUAAACUCACUGUUAAAGAGCCGGUUAUCUUUACAUCGACGGACUUCACAUUUGUUUGCGUGAGAAAGAAAUGAAAAAUAUCACUUUUUCUUUGUGGAUUGUCCUACUUUGUGAAAUUGCGCUCUUUGCGUCGGGAGUGGAAGACAACGAACUUUUCAAAGAUGAGGAGUUUAAAGUGCUCUACGGUGACGAGGCGCUCCAUGACCGGAUCACAUACAACAUGAGGAAGAGCCUGAAUCUAGACGUGGAUGGCUGCAUCCUUCUGCCUGGUGAGAAGAGGAGUCUGCAGGAGUGUGGCUUCAACGUCACAGCCAAGACCUUCUUCAUCAUCCACGGCUGGACGACGAGUGGGAUGAUUGAGAGUUGGAUGCAGAAGCUGGUGUCUGCCAUGAUGCAGCGAGAACCGGAGGCCAACGUGGUCAUCGUUGAUUGGCUUCCCAUGGCCCACCAGCUCUACCCCGACGCGGUCAACCACACCCACCAAGUUGGCCUCAGUGUCGCCGCCACCAUCAACUGGCUCCAGGAGGAACAGCAGCUGCCCCUGCAGAAUGUGCACCUGAUUGGCUACAGCUUGGGGGCCCAUGUGGCAGGCUACGCCGGAACGUCUGUGCGAGGGACUAUUGGCAGAAUCACGGGUCUAGAUCCGGCAGGGCCCAUGUUUGAGGGGGUGGGAGAUGAUAAGCGCCUCUCAUCGGGCGACGCCGACUUUGUGGACAUCCUGCAUACGUACACGCGCGAGGCACUGGGUAUAAGCAUUGGGAUCCAGCAGCCCAUCGGCGACAUUGACAUCUACCCCAACGGUGGAGACGUGCAGCCAGGCUGCUCCCUGAGGGAGAUGCUUACCAGUGCAGCUGGAGGAAGCUUCAUGGAUGUGAUUAAGUGUGAACACGAGCGGGCUGUGCUCCUGUUUGUGGACUCGCUGAUGAACAACGAGUACAUGAGCCUUGCCUACCAGUGCACCGACCCCGAACGCUUUAAGAAGGGCAUCUGUCUGAGCUGCCGCAAGAACCGCUGCAAUAACAUGGGUUACAACGCCAAGAAGAUGAGGAAGAGGGGCAACUGCAAGAUGUACCUGAAGACCCGUGCUGCCACACCCUUCGGAGGCAUCCAUUAUCAGAUGAAGAUGCACGUGUUCAACAGAAAGCAGGCUGACGAUGCUGACCCAACCUUCCACGUCAAGCUGUAUGGAGCUCACAAUGACACCGAUGACCUGCAUGUAGACUUUCCAAGCAAAGUGGGUCUGAACCUGACCAACACCUUCCUAGUCUUCACUGAGGACGACAUCGGGGAUCUGCUGAAGAUCCGUCUGAGCUGGGAGGGGGCGUCCGAGUCGCUAGGGUCCCUCUGGAAGAACAUGAAGAAGUCUUUCUGGUCCUGGAACAGCAACGGCCCACCCAGCAACCAGGUGCUGGAGGUCCGCAGGAUCCGUGUCAAGUGUGGAGAAACGCAGAAGAAGUUCACAUUCUGUGCCCAGGACCCCUCGGUGACUGAGAUCUCUCCAGGACAGGUUAUCACUUACGUCAAGUGUCGUGAUGGCUGGGAGGUCAAACCCAGUAAAAAAAGGUUGCGUAACUUAUAAGGAUUCAGCACUUCAAUCAAUCAACGCACCAAUGGCAUGGGACCGAAAGGCGGAAGGAAUGUCGGUAAGGACUGCCUUUUCUUCAUCUGAGCACUUUGAUUGGAGGAGUGAUGAGCCCACGGUGGGAGGACCUUGGACUUGGGAUGCACCUGGAUGUUUACUGGUGGUCACAUGACUCUGGGCUCUGGCCAAUGGGACGGCGGGAGGCUUCACGUGCGCUGUCUGUCAGGACCUGAGAAUUCCCGGAGUGUUUCUUUUGUACGGACGGACUGUUCAACUCGGAAAAUAAAUGGUUGUGUUAUCCAUCGGACAUUUUCCCCCCCAACAAACCUAGUCUCUUUACUGUAUAUUUGUAUACAUUUUCUGAAAAUGGAAGCACUGCAAGACCAUGGUUAUUUAUCAAUCCCAACCACAUCCUGUACUGAAGCACAUAGUUACGUUGUUUGAAUCAUUUCCUCUGAGAUGCAGUGUUUUGUGUGGUUGAGUGACAGCUUUUGCAUGUGUGAAUGUGUUUGCAUGCAUGUAGUGUAUGUGUGGCGUGACCAAGGGUAUGAGCGUGCCUAUUGGCUAGAGCGAGUUUAAUGUGACUGCACUGUAAAACUGAAGGAUGUGACUGGGCUACAUGCACUUGAUCUUUCACUGUUUUUUUUGUAGGGUUGCAAAAUUCCCAGGUUUUCCUGAAAUCUUGGUUGGACGAUUGCGGAUUUGUUAGUCCCUUCGGUGUCCGGUAAUCUUCCAACUGGGAUUUUGGGGAAAACCUGGGAAUUUGAGGGAAAUUUAACAGAAUUUUGCUACCCUACUUCUGUGUAACGUGUUACUAUUGUUAUUUCGAUGUACCACGUCUGUGGCUGUGUUUUUAUGUAUAUAAUGUAAAUGUUUUUUGAAAAAAGAAAUCACUUUAAUUAUUUUUUGUGUGUUUUUCUUUCGGCUGGAUGACAAAGGUGCAUGACCUAAAAGGCUGUUCCUUUUGGCUCAUCCUCAAAGUAUAGAAUAGUUGCAAUUACUGCAGAAGUUUCAUGUUUUAAUCUCCGGUUUUACUUACAGAUUAGGUUACUACUUUAAGUAUGACACUUAUGUUGCACUAACUUAUGCCCCAAAAAAUCUGAUCAUUCCCAGAUGUUCAGUGAGCUCGAUGCUGAAAAGACACGGUUUCACCCAAAGUCGUUUCAACAUCGUUUGCGCCUAUGUACUGUUACGUUUAUGUACUGCCUUCCAGAGGCCUAGAAGUACUGUUGCCACGGUUUCAGAUUCCUUGGCUUGUCUGGGUCAGCGGUGAUACUUUAAGUUGUGUUACAGUGCCGGGGAGUUUGGCCUCAUUUUGACAGUGGAAAUUCACCAAUGCAACUCUAGCAGAAGUCUACGUAGCCCAUGGUGUGAUGCUGGGAUUAAUCUUACGGAAUCUAGUAAACAUUCCAAAAAUUGUUUUUGGGGGGGUUAUGACCCACAUCUGCCAAAGUCCCUGUUGGUUGCACUGUUAGAGUAGACCACUCCUGUAUAGCGCUUUCCCUGUUGGUACACAUGGCACAGCUAGAGUAGGACACUACUCUUCCCAAAUUCCUCUUCCUUGCCUCCUCUUUCCCCUCCACCUUCUCUAAACGCAUUGGAGAAGAAGUUCCAAGGGGAGGGAGCUUGGCUCUUCCUCCUCAAACUGCAUUGGAGAAGAAGUUCCAAGGGGAGGGAGCUUGGCUCUUCCUCCUCAAACUGCAUUGGAGAAGAAGUUCCAAGGGGAGGGAAGCUUGGCUCUUCUCCAAUGCAGUUUGAGGUGGUAGAGAGGAAAGACUGAAAUGCGUUCUGUCUAGCCAGCUAGUUAAUCGGCACACCGAUUCAGCUUAUACUUUCUCUCUGAUGUGCUUCCAAAAUCUCACAGGUGAUGUUCCAAGGCACUGGAAUUCUUGGGAACACCUCAAAAGGAAGGAGAAAAUUAACCCCAGAUUAAUUGUAUUUAUGACGCACUUUCCCAGAUGCUCCAUUACCUUUACAGUAUGUGUGGUGAUACUUAGCUCGCCUAAUCCAGUAAUCCACCAGUAAACUUCUGUCACACGGUUUCAAUACUUUAUAUGGGGGUGAAUAGUUAAAAAAAAAAAAAAAGUCAAC